UUCUAUACGUCCAGACAGUCGUCUCAAAUCAAUCACUCGUUCAACUUUCACUGAGCAGAAAUCAUGAAGCACUUUCUCAUGUUUGCUGCCAUAAGCGUGACAGGGCUAUCCCAGGCUCUCUCCCCGCCCCUGAUCACCGCUUCUAUCCCUCUCCCAUCCGACAUCACCUACUCCCACACGCAGACUGGAUGUCCAACUGUUACUCAGACACGGGAACUUUGCGCCAGCUGCCCUAUUCCAGCUUGUCUUGUGCUUGGAACCAUUACGCAGUCCUGCAAUUGCCCUACCCCUAUCCCUACAGUCUAUCUUGACUAUCCAUGCUCGGAAAGUUGCAGCGGAAUUUGGUGCGCGACCAGCUGGGCUAUUGUUCAGGAGUCAGGUUGCACAUCUACGGACUCAACACCUCCGUCUUCCACUGCCACCAUCACCAGCAAGACCAAGCCGUGGCACAACGGCACCUACACUGGUCAUAGCACCAAGACCAAGACGACGACCAUCACUGAGACCGAAACAGAUGAGUGCGAGCCAACACUCACCAAGACUACCACAGUGACCAUCAGCUCCGAGCCGCCCGUGCUACCGACUUUAGAGUCCUCGACGAAUCUCCCAGAUGUCGAAACCUCCAUCACAAUCGCACCUAAUGUCACCUUUACCUCGAGAGGCCCAGGAGAUGGCGGGGCAGUGAGCUCCACGAGCCUGCUCGAGGCGGCUGCUGGAAAGAUGCGCAUACUUGGAUUGUGGUGAGAGGGUCAUGUCUAGACGAGAUGAAAUGAAUGUGUUUAGUGUACGGAGUGGGGCGUUGUCGUGGGUGGUGUUUUGUUGUGUAUUGGGGAGCUUUUGUUUCUUGGGUAGGCGUCCGGUGUAGUGAAUGAGGUCGACGUUGUUGAUGCUAGGCUUUUUCGUCAGUCUGCCAUAUCUAGGUGAUUUGCUAUUCCCAUGUGUUGACAUUGACGCAGUGUGGGUCCGGGGAGUAUCCCCGUUAACGUCUCAGACCUGCAGAAGACCUGGAACUCCUACCCCUGAACAGGAUUUGCAUCAAUACACACUCUAGCUCCAGCCCAUCCAGUGUAAAUAUCUCAGAAUAUUCUUCAAAUCCACACGCUCCGCGCUCUCCACCGUUAAC